GAACAGUAUCAGGGCCACUGGGAUGAUUAACAUCUAUUCCAAUGACAUGACUUCACUCCGAUAAUUGAUUGGCAACAGACCCGCUCAUCUGGCAGAACAUCGCAUAAAUGCGGCAGACAGGUGGAGGCCAAGACACCAACCCGCGAGCUUGUCUGCUAGAAGCAAGCGUUUACACUAGCUUUGCAGGCAGAUCCUACCUUAGCUUGAGACCUUGCAUACACCACAUGGCAACCCAGUUCCUUCCACUUCUUCUCCCAAGCUCUCACCUCAUGUUGUCAACAUGAAGCUAAUUACUCCAGCUUCAAGCAGCCCAACCGCUCUGCUCUGCCUGUUAAGCCUCGUCAACACCGCGACAGCCAGCUAUGCCUUCUAUGUCGGCAAAGACCUCACCGCCGACGGCAGCAUCAUGGUCGGUGGCACAGGCGAAGAAGUCUCAUCCCACUGGCUCGAGAUUUUUCCCGCAAAAGACCACGCACCUAAUUCCACGAUCACAGUCGGAGUAACAGAAGAUGCCGUCCUCCCUGGAGAACUCAUCCAAAUCCCGCAAGUCUCUCAUACAUUUCGAUACAUGUCCAUGGAAUACAGCGAAUUCGAAGGUUUCCCAGCCCCGCUUACGAAUGGUGGACUCAAUGAGAAAGGCGUCACUGUCCGAGACGUGUGGGCUGAGACGAGGACUGAACUCUGGGAUAUGACUCCGACCCCGCAAAAAGGCUUGCAGUAUAGUGAUCUUGCGCGAGUUGUUCUCGAGCGUGCCAGUACUGCACGAGAGGGUGUCGAAAUCAUUGGAGAUCUCAUUGCAAAGUAUGGCUAUGCGGAUUAUGGCGGUAAUAGCCAUCUCAUCGCUGAUGCUGACGAGGGCUGGGUGGUGUGGGAGUUUGCCGGAGGGCAAAAAUUGUGGGCUGCGGAGAGAUUGGGUUCCGAUGUUGUGAGGGUUCUGUAUCCGGGCUACAUCGAGGACUUUCCGACCGAUUUUCAAACCAACAACUCGGAUUACAUGGGAUCGCCAAAUCUGGUUUCGUUUGCUGUGGAGCAGGGUUGGUGGAAUGAGAGUUCAUCCGAACCAUUCAAUAUCUUCAAGGUGUAUGGUUUGCAGGGUAAUUACACUGCUAGGGACGGCGGGUUCAAGUACAUGUCUCAAGCCGCACUUGAAGAGGCGACGCUCGCGAUGGUACCAUUGACCGAGACGAAGCUGAUCGAGAGAGUACGGGACUAUCGAAUCAGCGACGAUGAGGCUGGCUAUGGGCAGGUUAUCAGCUUGCGACAUGGCGUGGACUCGGAUCUCCUUCGCAUUUGGAAUGCGCCUACUUCCUCGGUGACAGCUCCAUUCGUGCCAUGGUGGUUGGGUGUGAACAGCAUUCCACCAGAGUAUGGACAGCAUCGCUACUUGACGACUGGCGCAUCAUCCUCCUUCUUGAAUCCAGACUUCCAGCUGCAAGAGGCCACGCACUUUGUCGGAAGGACGUUCAAGCAGGCACUUUACUACACCUGCUCUGAUACGGAGGCGCAUCUCCCAAUCGUACAAAAUGUUCUCCACGGUCUUGAAAACUCUUCUCGAAUUGAUGUAGAGCUCUACGAAAAGGCUGCCAAAUUGCUGAUCGAUUCUGGAGACCGCGAAGGUGGCAAGAAGUUAUUGACUUCCUUCUCUCACGCUCGUGCCGCAGAUGCUUUGAGUGCUGGCAGGACCCUUGUCGAUGCCUUGGGCUCAUACGUAAAGUUGACAGGCAAAUUCCGAGGUCCCAUUGGUUCGAGUAUCAACGAUGCUGGCGAAGGCGCAGAAACAGUGAACUGUUUUGUUGGAGUUGAUCCAGAUCAGCCUGCCUGGACGCAGCCUCAACAUCCACUUCGAAGGCGGACAAGGCGUUGAAAACUGGAGCCCCGUUCUGCACGCGGAUUCCACCACUCGAUUGGCGAAGUCACCUCCUCCGUUUCAGCUGCUAGAAAUUGUUGCUCUUCCUCUUGGGUCAGACAAACCGCCUUUGAUGAUUUAAGUGAUAUUUGUGGCUCUGUAGUGCCAAUCUCGCGACCUCGUUUUAUGAGGUCUGUGAGCGUCAAUCCCUUUACGUUCUCAAUUGCGUCCAGCUCAUUGAUUGCGUAAUGUCCAAACUCCAAAGGUGUCCACAAGGUGCAUGGGAUCUGAAAGAUGGGUGGUUGAGUGAGCUGCAUCCUCCUACAGCUUGCUUCCGAGGAGGCGUGCCAGACGAGUUUGAAAAGAAGCUUGCAGGCGAUAUCCAUGUAGCCUCUGUGCAUAAAUUGAUACACAGACUCUGUAUGAUUGCGUGGAAAAAUUAGAGGAUUCAGUCGAACCAAAGGAAAGCGUGACUCUUCGUAGUGGAAUUGCUCUUCUGGGUUGGAUUCGAUCACUCUGCGUGAGGCUUUGCCUUCCUCAUUGUGUCCCGGAAUCAGAGUGAGCUUCUCCUGGAGGAUAUCUUUGUCCGCCUUCCACGACCAACACAGCAUAUCUGGGCGUCGCUGUGUUGGUAAGAAGUACA